UCAUCUUCACAGCCAUUGACGAUCUUCGACAGGAGCCGUCGCCUAGCAACCGGCUACGACAAACUACACGGAGCUCAGCACCGACAUCAAUGCUAACGUUAGCUUAGGGGCUAACUCGGUAUUUCAGCAAGGAUCCAAACUGAAAAAAGUUUCCUAUUUUGAGCGGAAAAUGGUGAAACAGACGAUACAGAUAUUCGGUCGCAUUAAACCCACAAAGAGAGCAACAGCGGUGUACUCUGUGGACAAUGAGGAGAAGACAGGUGCCUCUCUGGAGUUCAUGGUGCCCAGAGACUUAGCUGAUGGCUUUGUUAACAACAAGAGGGAGUGCUACAAGUUCAGAUUCCAAAAAGUGUUUGAUCAAGCAGUCAAACAAGAAGAGAUAUUUCAAAACAUUGCCAAACCAGUUGCAGACAGUGUAUUAGCUGGUUAUAAUGGCACCAUAUUUGCCUACGGGCAGACAGGCAGCGGGAAGACGUUCACCAUCACAGGAGGGGCCGAGCGUUACAGUGAUCGAGGCAUUAUUCCACGCACCCUAUCAUACCUGUAUCAAUGCUUCUGCCAGGACAGCAGCAUGGUUUAUACCAUACACAUCUCCUACCUGGAGAUCUACAACGACACAGGAUAUGACCUUCUGGACUCCAGACAGGAGGCCUCUCGCCUGGAAGACUUACCAAAAGUAAUGAUUAUGGAGGAUUCAGACCAGAAUAUUCAUCUCAGGAACCUGUCGCUGCAGCAAUCAUCCAAUGAGGAGGAGGCUCUGAAUCUACUUUUCCUGGGAGACACCAAUCGCAUGAUUGCAGAAACUCCCAUGAACCAGGCAUCGACACGUUCCCACUGUAUUUUCACUGUGCAUGUGUGCAGACGGGAGCCAGGCUCAGCCACUGUGCGGCGCUCCAAGCUCCACCUGGUGGACUUGGCCGGAUCAGAUAGAGUCAGCAAGACUGGCCUGAAUGGGCAGCAGCUCACCGAGGCCAAGUACAUCAACCUCUCCCUUCACUACUUGGAGCAGGUGAUCAUUUCUUUGUCAGAGAAGAAUCGCUCCCACAUUCCCUACAGAAACUCCAUGUUAACGUCUGUGCUUCGGGACAGCCUUGGGGGCAACUGUAUGACCACCAUGAUCGCCACAAUUGCAAUUGACAGGAGGAACCUUGAUGAAUCCAUCUCUACAUGCCGCUUUGCUCAGCGCGUGGCUGUCAUUAAGAAUGAGGCGAUACUAAAUGAAGAACUGGAUCCCGCCUUGCUCAUAGCCCGUCUGAAAAGGGAGAUCGAGUCUCUGAAGGAGGAGCUGGCCAUGGUGACAGGACAGCAGAGAAAAGACCAGCUAACUGUGGAGGAGAUAAAGAAGUUGGAAGAGCUUGCUAAGGCCUUUCUGGGUGACCCUGAUCCAGACAUGACUCUGUUACUGGGACCAGACAUGAGGAAAAUCCAGUACUGUUUCUCCCUGUUGAAGGAAAUGAUUCUGGACAAGCAGCGUGGCGGGAACAAGCGCAGUGAUGGGAAAGCAUCACCAGCAGCAACAGUGAGUGAAGAAGUAAUUCAAGACAACCACCCCAGCAGUUCAACACAAGUGACCAAAUUGAAGGAGAUGCUGACUCAGCGUGAUAAUGAAAUCAGUAUCUUGGUUAAGAUGUUGAAGAAGGAGAAGAAAAAGGCCCAGGAUGCUGCUGCUCAGCUUGCUAACAUCACCAGUGGCCAGACUCUGGCUUCCCAGAGUGCCUCGAGGGUGACAACAGGGCCAUUGAGAGAAGACAGCGCAGACACCAUUUCCACCAACCAUGGAGGACGAGCAGUGCAGUACAUGAAAAGAGGUCCUCAGCUGUCGAUGGGGAAGCAAGAGGCCUUUGAGACCUUUAUAAGAGACCAUGAUGACUAUCUGACGAUUGAAGACAACAAGAGCCUGCUCAGACAGAGGUCAACUGAGGCCAGAAGACUCGGGGAGAAUCUGAAUGAAGCCAGAAACCGAAUCAAUGAGUUGAAGAAGCAGUUAGAGAUGCGGAGGAGGCAGAGGGCAGCUUUUGGUGUAAUGGGGAAUUACACAGAGGCUGCAGAGGAGGUGGACUCAGUGGAAGAAAACCUUUGCAAACAGAUUGAGCAAGAAAAAAAGGCGUACAAGAGUAUCAUCGGCCGUCUGAAAGCACUGAGGACAGAGAUUGAGCACCUGCAGCUGUUGCUGGAGAGGGCAAAGGUCAAGCUGCAGAAGGACUUUCAUAAGUGGUGGAGCCAGGAGGCUUCCAGUGUGCAGGAAUCUGAUUCAGGGCCUGCAGCCAGAUGUCAUCGCACAGAGUCACCAGGAGGAACCUUGCAGCCAUCUUCACCCGGCACUCCUGGACUCGGUGCACCUGGUCUGAGCAGUACUGUGAGAGACUACCCAGCAGGCCGAGACCAAAAUCCAGACAGCUCCACCUCUUCUGUUCAAGAUCACAGGAGCUUCAGCCCUAAAAGUGUACCUCCAUUAAAAGCUGUCCCAGCCUGGCAUGAUGCGUCCAGAUGGGACAGGAGAGUGACGGAAUCUACUCCUUCAUCUGAGUGGAGGCCUCCCUCAGCUGUGAUGUGA